CCUGCAUAUGCAUCUGGAAACUGUUAAAACAGCAAAGAUCUUUCAGUUUCUCUUGUGGCUUCCUGCAGCGGUUGGUGCAUGAGUGAACACCUUCGAACCACCACUGACAGAAGAACGCGUUAGACAUACAAGCAUUUCUUUGCAAUCCUUCUGACUACUCCGCUUGACUAAACACUUUAAAAGACACUCAUUAGUCUUCAUUAUUUCUGAUUCUCUUUCCAGCACGCAUGCACUCAAAAUGGAAGAAGCUGAGGAUGGAAUCGCUGUGGUCGGCAUUGGAUGCAACUUCCCAGGAGGAGAAGGACUUGAAAACUUUUGGAAGGUCCUUGUGGAUGGAAGAAACUGUUCUGUGCCAAUUCCCAAAGAGAGGUUUGACUUAAACAGCUGGUAUGACCCUGAUGACAACAAACCGGGUAAAUCCCGAACGCUCAAGGCUGCGCUUAUUGAUGGGUUCAAUGAAUUUGACCACAAGUUCUUUGGCAUCAGUGACAGUGAGGUGGAACAAAUGGACCCUCAACAAAAACAGCUCCUUCAGUGUGUUUACAGGGCUUUAGAGAACGCUGGAAUCCCAAUGGAAAAGGCCAGUGGGACAAGGACAGGAGUGUUUUUUGGUCUAAUGAACCGCGAUUAUGAGACAAACGCUGCACACGUGCACCCGAGUGUGAUCAGCCACUGGACUGGUACGGGACUCGCCAUGAGUAUAGCAGCAAACCGAGUGUCCUACAUCUUCAACUUCACUGGACCUUCACUGUCCAUAGACUGUGCCUGCUCAUCCUCACUUGUAGCUCUCCAUCUCGCUUGUCAAGCCAUUAAACAAGGAGACUGUGACAUGGCUGUUUGCGGAGGAGUCAACUGCAUCAUAGAACCGAGAGUGUUUGUUGCUCUCAGCAAGGCUAAGAUGAUCUCACCAGAUGGAACCAGCAAACCUUUCUCCAGCAAAGCAGAUGGCUACGGAAGAGGGGAAGGCUGCGGAGUCGUUCUUCUGAAACCACUGAAAAAGGCUAAACAGGACCAUGACCAUAUCUGGGGUAUCGUCAGCAAGACAGCAGUGAACCAAGAUGGACACUCAGUUACUCCAAUCACUAAACCCUCUAUGGUUCAACAAGAAGAGCUGCUGCGGAGGAUCUAUUCAGAGUCUGACAUCGCAAAUGUCCAGUACAUUGAAGCGCAUGGUACUGGAACCCCAGCUGGGGACCCAAUUGAGGCAGGAAGCAUCUCCAACGUCAUUGCUAAAGCCAGACCUCCCGAUUCAAAGACACUUUGGAUUGGUUCUGUCAAGAGCAACAUUGGACAUACAGAAUCUGUAGCUGGAGUGGCAGGACUCAUUAAGGUACUUCUAAUGAUGAAGCAUGAAACAAUUGUUCCUUCAGUUUUCUACUCAGAUGAUAGUGCCAGUGUAGAUGCCAAAGCCCUGAACCUUAAAGUCGUCAAAGAAACAGAAAAGUGGAUAGCUCCUGGUGAAAGAGUUGCAGGUGUAAAUAACUUUGGAUUUGGGGGCACAAAUGCACAUGCCAUCAUCAAAGAGCACAAACGGACAUACAUUUGCCAAAAUAAAGACACAAACCAAGCAAGGUACUUUGUUAUGUCAGCAAAUUCACCAAAAUCUCUCACUCUGACAAUGGAAGACACCAUUAAGUACUUAGAGGCAGAACGAGAAGUUGAUCUAGCUUCUCUGCUGUACACAUCAGCUUGCAGGAGGAGCCACCUCAAACACAAAUACAGAAAGGCCAUCGUGGUUUCAUCAGUAGCUAAUCUUAAGGAAAAACUUCACUCCACUGUGAGCAAGAAUACAACCGCUGCCUUUUCAGAUCCAAAGUUAGUUUUUGUUUUUUGUGGAAAUGGUGUCACGUACCAUGGCAUGUGCAAGCAGCUAUUAAAGCACGAGCCUGUAUUUAGAGAUAAGAUCAAAGAGAUUGCACAACAUUUCCAAAAGCUGAGUAAGUUGAAUAUACUCGACAUGCUUGAGAGCGAGUUUGAGAGUAGUGAGUUCAACAACCCAGAUGUUGUCCAGCCACUCCUGUUUGCAGUCCAGGUUGCUAUUGCCACACUACUCAGGCACUGGGGUGUAAAGCCCAAUGCAAUACUCGGACACUCUGUCGGCGAGGUUGCAGCCACUCACUGUUCUGGCCUCUUGUCUGUUGUGGAUGCAGUAAAAGUCAUCUACAUCCGCAGCACUCUCCAGAGUAAGGUGACGGGAGGGAAGAUGCUUGUGAUCAGUAACAUGGCUGUAUCAGAGGUAACUGCUCUCCUUCCUCGUUUUUCUGGAGGGCUUUGCCUAGCGGCUUACAACAGCCCACAGUCCUGCACCCUGUCAGGUGAUGCAGAUGCAAUAGAGAGCCUCUAUCAGGAGCUAAGUGCCUCAGUCAACAGUCAAAACCUCUUCCUCCGUGUACUGGAUGUCCCUGCUGCUUAUCACAGCCACAUGAUGGACCCAAUUCUGUCGAAAAUCGAGGACGGGAUUGGUGCUUUGCGUGUGAAUGAUCUUAAUGCAGAGUUAUUCUCCACGGUGACAUCCAAUCAAGUCCAACAGGGAGAUUUUUGCACGGGUGAAUACUGGGCCAGAAACAUCCGCGAGCCAGUUCUUUUUGAACAAACAGUGAGAUCAGCAGCUAAAGGGAAGAAGAAUGUGGUCUUUGUAGAAAUCGGACCAAGAAGGGCCCUGCAGAGGAAUAUCAUGGAGACCCUGGGUAAUGACAUGCCCGUGCUUGCCUCGAUCCAGCCAGACAAAGAUCAUGAAUCAAUAAUAUCUAUUGUGUCUAAGCUGUUCGAACUUGGUGUUCAUAUAGAAUGGAACACUUUCUACAGAGGAUAUGAGGCAAUGCCCCUGCCAUUUCCAAAGUACCAGUUUGACUGCUCAGACAGAGAUGUUACCAUUGGAGCAGCACAGAAAAACACAGCAAAUAAUCAUCCAGUGCUCUGUCAGACUGGCAGUGAAAGCAAUAUUUUCAGCUGUGAUCUGGUGUCGGAUUCUUCUUUUUACCUAAAAGAGCACAAGCACAACAAUAUACCCCUUGUACCUGGUGCCUUCUAUGCUGAGCUAGGUCUAGCUGCAUUCAUGGCCAGUGCCAAACCAAAGGUUCCUCUCAAGUCACUACAGCUCAGUGUCAAUUUUCACAGUCCCUUUGUUUUAAUGCACAACUCACCAGAAAUGAAAGUUCAGUUGGACCAAAAAGAGAAUGAAACAGGCUUUACGGUGUUCUCCCCAUCUGCAGUGUAUGCAUCGGGUACUGUCAUUUCCAGUAAAGAGAGGCUGAUUGAGGAGCAGUGCAUUUCAUUACGCUCCAUCUACAAACGAUGCAAGUCUACUGUGAGCUCCACAGAGUUCUAUUGGUAUCUCUCUCAAGGAGGCUUUCAGUAUGGAGAUGUCUUCCAGAAUAAGGAGGAUGUGCAUUAUGGGGAUGAGUUGAUGGAGGCCUAUGCCCAUGUUAAAGUUCCAGAAGAACUGAGAUUUCAGUUGCAUGACUACUGUAUUCAUCCUGUCGUACUGGAUUAUCUGAUGCAGCUUCUCCCAGUUACAGUAGAGCAUGCAUUUGCUGGCAGACGAGGAUUUCCAGCCAAAAUCGGUAUGUUAACAGUGUUUGAGCCCUUACAAGAUGAGAUGAUUAUCUAUUUGAGGGCGACUGACGUGGGUGCUGAUCACUUUGAGGUUUGCGGUUGCUUUGCUGAUAAGGAAGGCAGAGUUUUGGUUGAGGUAAAGCACGUGGUUUUCAAGUAUCUUGGCAGUCAUUCACAUGUAGUUGAGGAGUACUUCUACCACAAUGACUACAGUGUCAUUCCUGAAGGAAUCGCAUCUCUUACUCCUCCCAAAGCCUUGGUCUUCUGUGACCGUAUUGGUAUAUCUAGUGGUCUACAGCAGCAUUUGGACUCAAGCUCUAGAUACAUAUCCUUCACACAUGCAAACGAUAUCUUGAGCCAUGGGUUUCCCUCUCUUUUGGCAAAGCUCGAUAUCCCAGAUAUUGCAAAAAACUUUGAUGAGGUCCUAUUUUUGUGGGGUAAAGAAGACCUCACUUCUCUGGCACCCGAUGUUGUUCUGCAGAAUCUGACGGGCUGCUGUGAGAUUUUCCGGCAAAUAGUUGCUGAGCUCAAACUAAUUCAAUUUCCAAACUCAAUCAGAGCAGUAACCCAUCAUUCUUCUGAUAUCACAGUGGACUACAUAAGUCCAGGUUUUGCUCUCUGCGGUAUGACAAGAUCAUUUGCUGCAGAGAUACCAGAUCUCAAAUUCCAGCUGGUUGAUAUUAAUAGUACAUCUCCGGAGGACAUUGCAGCUCUGUCUCAAGUCCUAAGAUCAUAUCCUUGCAACAAGUACCCAGAACUGGUGGUUAAAGAUGGUCUUGUAUUUAAACCUUCAAUUGUCCGAACUCCACAUGAAAUAACUGACAGUUCAGAGGGUACUUUUUCUUCUGUGUCUGAGCCUUGCAUUCUUCAGACAGCUGAUGCACAUAAGAUGUCGAAAUUGACUGCCAUACGUUUUGAUGAGGGCGACCAGCCACUUCAUGAUACGUCAGUUGAAAUUCAUCCCCAGAAGAUAUGCGUUCAUUCUUCUGACUACUUCCCUGUCAGUGUCUCCCAUCUAAAAUUUGGCCAGACACUCUACUGGAACAAGCAUUCAUCUCAGAAUUACAAGCUACUUGCCCUCGACUUCAGUGGCACAAUUACAGCAGUUGGAAAAGAUGUGAGAAAAUUCAGAAUUGGAGACCACGUCGCUUGCUGUUAUCCUGUUGCAGCAGCCAGUAAAGUCAAAGUUCCAGAGGACGUCUGCUACAGCACCAAACGAUUCACAUUCCUGCAAAAAACACCUUGUCUUUCCUACUUUGUACUGGCAUGGGAGCUCCUGCAUCGAGCCUUGCCCAGAACCAAACAACAUCUAGGAAUCAUAUCCUCCAUGCCAGAUUCUGUUCUGGUGAAAGUCUUGGCACUUACAGCUUACAAAUCAGGCUGGAACGUGAUCGUUGGCACACAGUGCAAUGGAACUUUUGUUGAUGUUAGCCAGUUGGAUGCCUUUGUUCUCUUGCCUCCAUUUGAUGAACAGCUGAUUGCGAAAAUUUGCAGCUUUCAUGGUGUCCAGCAUGUUGUCAUCAUCUGUGGAUCAGAGUUUCAGUGUUCACUUUCUCGGGAUGCUUUCGAGAGUGUGAAGGAAAACGUUCACGUGCAGACAAUUCACAUGUCAGACAUUUUGCAAAAGGGAUCCUUAAGUGCACAGAGGCCUCGUAUUUACCUUUGGCUCAAGUCUCUGAACUUGAGUAGAAAGAUUGCACAUGAAAGCUUUACUUUUCAGAGCAUGAAUUCCAAAAGCAACGGGCUUAAUGUGGCUACACCAGAAUCAUACUUCAGUUCAAAGAAGCUGACUGUUGUGGCUCUGGAAAAAGAUGCUACCAGUGCACUAUCCAACAUACCAUUGCUGGCAAGAAAGAAACAGCUUUUCCAAAAGCGAGCAGUGUACAUUAUAGCAGGGGGUCUGUCUGGGUUGGGCUUUGAAACUGUGAAGUUCAUCUCACAAAGAGGGGGCGAGCACAUUGUGAUACUCUCCAGAAGCAAGCCAACUCCAAACGUGCAGAAAGACCUACACAAUGUAGAGAAACAGUGUGGGAACACCAUCACGACCAUGGAGUGCGAUGUAUGUAUCUCCGAGGUUGUGUGCAGGGUUAUCAAUGCCAUUGGGCAAAAAUUCCCUGGCUGUCCAAUUAAAGGUGUGUUUCAUAGUGCCGUUGUCUUGCAUGAUGGUCUGAUUGAGACACUUGACCGAUCUCUCUAUGAAAAAGUUUUCAAACCCAAAGUAAAUGGGGUGCUAAAUUUGCACCAUGCAACACAACACUGUAAGUUAGACUACUUUGUGUGCUAUUCCUCAAUCUCAGCUUUUCUGGGAAAUGCAUCGCAAACAAACUACGCAGCAGCCAACACAUUCCUUGACAUGUUCUGCCAGUAUAGGCGCAAACUUGGGCUUCCUGGACAGUCGAUCAACUGGGGAGCUUUGAACCUCGGCCUGCUCUUGAACAAGGAACAUUUUCAGCGGUUUCUCGAGGCAAAAGGGAUGAUGGUAUUGGAUGUGCCUGAAAUUUACAAAAGCCUGGAAGAGUGCCUUGUGAUCAACAGACCCCAACAGGCAGUGUGCAGGUUUCACUUUCGAAAUAUUAGAUACAACAUCCUUUCUCAAAACGCUGCCUUAACCAUGCGCCUCAUCGCACUGGUAGAAGAGGCUUUCCAAGAAUCAAAAGAAGCAGAGUCAGACACAAAACACACAGACUCUGUUUCGCCAAAAGAGUACGUCAUUUGUCUGCUCAGCGAGACCAUUGGCAUGGAUGAGAGUGAACUGAAAGAGGAUUUGCCACUGUCAUCCUUAGGCAUUGACUCGAUGCAGGCUAUGACUCUGCAGAAUCUCAUAUUUCAGGAGCGAGGCUUGAACGUGCCACUGGUGAAACUGCUGGAUCCCAGUGCCACGCUGCAAACAGUGGUCGAUAUUCUGAGUGAAGGCGGUGAAGGUGAUUUCAGUGAUAACCAAGAAUCUCACUUGAUUCAAAACUUGGAAGAUGUCUCAACCAGAUUGUAAAACUUAAAUUCGGUGUCACGUAUUGUAACUAACUGAAUAUUUGGUCAGACUUGGAAACGUAGAAACUGACUGUAGGUGUGAGUGAGACUGUAAUUGAGUUUGUAUGUGGUGGACCUGCUAUAGACUAGCAUUAUGUCCACGGUGUCCCCCACCUCUGUGACUGCUGGGAUAGGCUCUAGGCCUUAUUGACCCUUAACAACAACACAUGGGUUCAAAAAAUGAACCAACGUUUGAUCAUUCAGUUCAUACAGUUUUAAUUGUCAGUGUUCCUUUGUUAAUAGCAUGUUUAUAUAGUGUCCUAGCUUUUUUAACUGUUUUAUGUGGCUUUAAUUUUGACAUUGUAUUUUAACAGUGUAGAUGUGUUUUUAAAGUUCACUUUUUACAACCUGAUUCAUUAAAGCUUUACUAGCAAUCAAGACUUUGAGAGAUAUACCUGAGAGAUAUACCUGUCUUUGAUAAAUGCUUCAUAUUUAAGGAAUCGCUUUCCAAUUUUUUUAACUUUUUUUUUUUUUGAGGAAGGAAGGAAUGGUUGAACUAGGCAGCCAUCCAGAGUUUAAAAACUCCACUGUACACUUAAACACAACAAAAUAAUGCUACCAACCUACUUUAUAGUUGAGUAAUUCUACAAAAUUACAAUCAGAGCAAAUUUUUAAUAGCAGGCUGAAAUAUGUCUAGACUUUGCUGUCAUUGUCAUUACGUUACCAUAGAAAUUGCACAGUUGUCAGCGUGUUAUUCGUACAAUGUCAUCCGAAAAACCUGGCCAGCAAGGUCAGAAGGGGUGUUCUAAUAUACCCGUUUAUAUCAACUGUGUAACCGUAGCCAAAGUUUGUCUGGUUGCAUGUCUAAUGAUACCAGACCCUUUUUUUGUGAAAUGCUGAAUUCUCAGUACCGGUAGAUAUUUUGUAGUAUGAGUACCACCAGCAGAUAAAUAGUCACUAUAGGAAAUUAAUAAUAUCACCAGCAAAAUAUGGUGUCAACAAGCCUAACUGGCAAGAAUGUACCAAUAACUACACUAUGCAGUUAUACAGUUUGGAAAAUCACAGUUUGAAGCUGUUUUUUUAACAGUUCUAAGACAGUUGCCCCUUUCACUCUCAUUUCUUCCCUCUGAAACUAAUUUUUUGAAAACAGGAUUUUUGCAUAGAAUGUAAUCACCAAACGUAAGCAGCAUACUCGAACAUGUGAUUGCUAACACUUUAAUAUUGCUUUGGUUGUUAAAACAUAAAGUGAACUUACACUUUAAUUAUAAGUCAUACCCUGUUUUCAAAAGAUAUAUCCAAUUUUACAUGAAGGGUUUAUUUCAUUUAUUGAUUCCUUUGUGACAAAACAAAGACCAAAACAAAAAAGUAAAGAAGUGUUAUGUUUCACCACCAUUAUGGUUCUGUGCUAGAAUAAUUUUAUAAUGCAUAUGUAAAUAAUUGUGUUUUGUCAGUGUUAAAUAAAUUAAAAUUUUUGAAGUUCACUUUUGUAAUUUUUCCAAGUACACAAGAGUAUUUACGCCAGAUAACAGGAACACAAUCUGAAUUAGAAAUACUUUCCUUUCAGUUACUGCCUCGGGUUCAAGGUAAGUUCUCAAUCACUUGCAGCAACAUUGAUCCUGAUUGAAAAUUGACUUCAUGAUAAUAACAGAACACAACAUGACAUCUUGUUAUGUCCCAU